CGCCCCUGGCCUCCAUUUCUAACGUGCGGCCGCUCUUCACGCGUUCAGUCCUCGCUUUUACGGUCCUUUUAUACUCGCUAAACUCAAUAAAACGGUGAACUAGGUAAGGCUGCGGACCCGCAGCGCUACGUACCGUUAAACACCGAAACGACCGGUUUCAUCUACCGUGGAAUUCAGUUUGGACCGUGAAGCUGCCCUUUACUCCUCUUUUUAACUUUCCGAGCGGCGUUUUCCGCCAUUUGUCUCCGCGCUCCGCCUGCUCCUCUCGUGUGAGCCGGGGCCCGCGAGCCGCUCCUCUCUGAGCCGGGGCCCGAGAGCCGCUCAUCUACUCUGAGCCGCUCCUCUCGGUGUGAGCCGCUCUUCUCGGUGUGAGCCGGGGCCUGUGAGCACCGCGGCACAGCGCGAUGGCGGAGUUCGGCAACGGGUUGGCGGAGGAGUCCAUGCUGGACUCGGACCCCAGCCACCCGGAGCUCGAAGACCCGGGGGUCGGGGAUGAGGAGCCGGGGCUGGACGAGGGAGAGUCCGCCAUCGAGGACCCGGAGCUGGAGGCCAUCAAAGCCCGGGUGAGAGAGAUGGAGGAGGAAGCAGAGAAGCUGAAGGAGCUGCAGAACGAGGUGGAGAAACAGAUGAACCUCAGCCCCCCUCCCGCUGGUCCCGUCAUCAUGUCCAUCGAGGAGAAGAUGGAAGCGGACGGCAGGUCGAUCUACGUUGGAAAUGUGGACUACGGGGCCACGGCGGAGGAGCUCGAGGCCCACUUCCACGGGUGUGGGUCCGUCAACAGAGUCACCAUCCUGUGUGACAAGUUCACAGGACAUCCUAAAGGGUUCGCCUAUAUCGAGUUUGCAGACAAGGAGUCGGUGCGGACGGCCAUGGCCCUGGACGAGUCGCUGUUCAGAGGACGGCAGAUAAAAGUGGGCGCCAAGAGGACCAACAGACCAGGGAUCAGCACGACAGACCGCGGUUUCCCCCGCGCCCGCUUCCGCUCACGAGGAGGAAGCUUCUCGUCAUCACGGGCGCGCUACUACAGCGGCUACACACCGCCCCGGGGCCGGGGACGGGCCUUCAGGGGCCGAGGGCGAACAACAUCGUGGUAUUCCCCUUACUAAUACCCCCCCCCCCCUCCCCGACACUCCCUACUGUCCCCCCCUCCCCCCAACCCUAGUGCUCCCCUUGAACAGAAAAAAAGAUUGAUAAAAAAGACCCCCCCCUCCCCCUCUCCCUCUCAGCCAAUAAAGGAAGAUAUUCCCAGAAGAAAAAAAAAAAAGAAAAAAAAAAACGUCGUCUGUUCCCCAGGACAGACUGACUGACCCACAGUGUGAUUGUUGUGUGUGUGCGGAGGUGAUGCCCCCUUCCCCUGGUAAGGUAUACGUCUGCCGUUCUGUGGGGGGGGGGGGGGGGGGGGGGGAGGGGAGUGGGUCCUAUAUCUAUAUCUCCAGGGAUGUGUUAGUGUGGAGGGGAGAGGACACGCUGUACACGGUGGUACUCAGGCUGCAGAUCUCCUCCGGUCUGCUCAGGACCUGCUCUCACAUCAUCCCACCACAGCUCAUCUCCCUGCUCCUCCCCCACCCCCAGCCUCCCCCCUCUGGGGGAGGGGAGGGGAGGAGAGCUCUCAGAAUGAUUGUUCACUUUUUUUUUCCUUUUUUUUUUUUUUUUUCAUGUAACCAUGUUUGAGAUUCCUGCAGAAGGACGAUGUGAUUUUUGUGUUUCAUGGUCUCAGUGUGUUUCUCCCCCCCCCCCCCCCCCCCACCUUGUUUCUAACCCCGCCCCUCCAUUCUUGUUCAUCUGCUUUGAUGGUUUCCCACUGCUCCGGUUCACAGUGGCUGCAAGUGUUCUUGUUUAACGGGACGGGGUUCUUGGUCCAUGGCUCUAACUCACUGCUUCCACCGCCAAUGCAUGAGCCGCAAUUCCGCUUUUUAUUUUCUGGGUGGGUCUUUUUUGUAUUUUUGGCAUUUCCUGCAUCUUGGUGUGCCCUCAUCCCUCCUCCUCCUCCUGUGAUUGGACCACGUCCUGGUCCGCCCUCUCAUCCCACCCGUGUCUCCCCCCCCCUCCUCCUCUCUGUGUAUUGGACCACUUCCUGGUCCUCCCUCCCCCGUCUCCCCCUCUCCUCUCUCUGUAUAUUAGACCACUUCUUGUCGUUUCAGGUUUCAGGACCAGUGGCGGCUGACUUCCCCUCCCCAGGUGGCGCAGCCCCCCCCCACUGUCUCCGCAGCGUCCCUCUCUCUCUCUGCUCCCGCUAUGCACACUCACCCCAUCCUGUCCGUGUGGGGGGGCGGGGGCGGGGGGCCGGGCGACCACAGGCCCAGCGCGGGGGGCAUUUACUACAACAGUAAACGCUGACGCAAGCGUCAAGUGUUGUUGUUUUUUUUACCCUGCACACACACUCACCCCGCGCACACAAGAGGCAAACGCACCACACAUAGGGCAGGCGUGCACCACACGAGACUCUACACACCUCACACCACGCCCUCACGGGGAGGGGGCCACGCCCAUCGGGGGGGGCGAGCGGGUGCGAGCAGGAGCGAGACCAGAGAUUGGGGCGUUUUUCUUAAUUUGGUUUGUUGGCGUGGAUGUAGGAUUUAGGGAGCCACCUUUCUCUGACAAUGCGCAGUGCAGCCACGGCCUGUCUGGGGAAGGCAGAGUGAGUUAAUUUAAUAAGGGGCGGAGGCGGAGCUUGUUUCGGCAGGGCGGGGCUAAAUGUGGAGCGGUUAUGGGAGCCGUUUUUGACAAAAGGAGUGGGUUUGAAAAAAGUUUUGCUUUUUUUUUUUUAACCCAUGAGACUGUAAUUAGAAAAAAAAAAUAAAGACAUUGUGUAAAAAUAA